CCGAAAAGUUUCGAGCGACUUCUCUUGGGAGUUUGUUACUGAGUGUUACCACGUUGUUGAGCCAGCGGACUUUUCGGUGUUGUUGCUUCCGUCGUGUACAGUGUCGCGUCAUAGUUUGAUUUCUAGGGAAGUUCCGAGUGAGUGGUUGCGAGCAACAGCCAGCGUCCCCGAUAAUUGUGUCUGGGGGGACCACCAAAAUGUCGGCCGACAACAACAAGGCUGUGGACGAAGAGAAGGCAGAGCCCCGGGAGAACGAUAAGUGCAUGGACGAUGCGUACGCUAGAAACCACAGGGACAAGGGUCCCAAAGGGAUGUCUAAACUGGGAGCUCAAGUGACAUCUGCCGUUUCGAACAUCCCAGCGCUGGUGAUCGUCUUGCUUUGUGUGUUGUUGUUUGUCUUCUUUAUCAUUAUAAUCGUCCUCGCGGUCCAAAUUAACCAGGGCGACUACAACGACUCAACGAACAAGUGUUUCAGUGCGGAAUGUCUGAGCAUCGCUUCGCAGGUGAUGACAUCGUUGAAUCAAUCUCACCCGGCAUGCGACGAUUUCUACACUUACUCGUGCGGCGGGUUCGUGUCUCAGCAUCAACUCGGUCGGCGGACUAAAGUCGACGUAGCAGAAGUACUCAAGGAGGAUGUGUACCACAUCGUCCGAAAUGCGAUCGACUUGAUUCCGCAGGACGCCUGGGAAACCUCACCGCAGUCCAAAGUGAAACGGUUCUAUCAGGCAUGCAUGGAAGAUCGAAGUAUUACCGCCGAUGCACGUUCUGUGUUUGUGUCGAUGUUGAGAAAAGCUGGGGGUUGGAGUAUCAUGAGAGCGUCUUCGUGGUCUGUACAAAGUUGGGACAAGGAUUUCACGCUCAAGACGCUGGUGGUAGACUACGGAGUAACGCCGUUUUUCCGCAUCGGUGUUACACCGGAUGUCCAUGGAGAUCCCAGUAGGAAUGCAAUAAGAGUGGACCCAGCCGGAUUUGCAUUUCCAUCCUAUGAGUAUUACAUGGAUUCAGCACCAAAGCACUACAAGGAGCUUGUUCAAGCAUAUAAGGACUUCAUCGAGAAAGUAGCCGACCUGAUGAGAGACGAGCGACCAUCACAUCAGACAAGUAACAUUGCAGACUACGUGGCCAGCUAUGAGAGACGCCUGCUUGAGAGAUUGGACACACCUGGAAACAAUACUGUGAUGUUUGAGAGACGGACAGUUUAUAAUCUAACUCACAUCCUGCCUGUUAUCAAGUGGCAGAGGCUUCUAGAAGCAUACUUCCCUAGUACGCCCAUCUCUAUGGAAAUGCCAAUCUACUUGACGCAUCCACAUUACUUUGAUGAGCUCGGCAAAAUCAUCUCCACCACCGAUACACACACACUGAAUCACUACGUCAUUUGGAGGAUGGUGAUGAAGUAUGCGCCACACUUGGACAAGCCAAUCCGUAGCCUGUACUACAAGUUUAUGCAAAAGCUGCAUGGCGCUGAAGAUGUGAACCUUCCUGAGGAGGAAUGGUGGGAGCAGUGUGUGCGUCACACAAGCCACUACUUGGGCCAUGCCGUUGGAGAGCUCUACGUUAACCAGUACAAGGACAAGGAGAAAGUUCUUGAGAAGGCAAAGGAGAUAGCUAAGAAUGUGAAACGAGCCAGUGAAAAAACGCUGAGUCAUGUAGAUUGGAUCCAAGACAAGCGGCAAGUGAAAGAGAAAAUCGGUGACGUCGACGUCGAGCUUGGCUAUUCCAACAUCAUCACUGAUUCUCGCUACCUCGAAGAGUACUACAAGGACUUUAUCGUAAAACUUGGGUCACACCUCGAGAACGUAUUUGAAGGUGAAAGGUUUCUACGGAUGAAGGAGGCUGAGGAACUGAGCCAAGCUCCCGGUACAAGCAUCGACCAAGUGUGGACAACAUACCCUCAAAAUGCAGUGGCGCAGUACAUAUAUGAACGCAACAGUGUGUUGGUUCCACUUGCCGUGCUACAGAAGCCCACCUUUAGUUUGAGCCAGCUAAAGUCGAUACAGUACGGUUCCUUGGGCAGUCUGAUUGCUACGCACAUAUUUAAGGCACUAGACAAGAAGGGGCUUGACAUGGGGCCACAGUUGAUGGAAGAUUCCACCCGAAGAAUCUACACAGAAAAGCUACAAUGCUUGGCAGAAAGCUAUCCGGACGCUACCGUGAAUGGAGAAAAGAUUGACGGUUCAAGAACGUCAGGGGAGGCGUUUGCUGAUAUCGCUGGAGUCAAGUCGGCGUUUCUGGCAUUUAAAGAAGCUGAAGAGUCGACUGGAGCUCUUCCUGCAUUAGAUCUCAGCCCUGAACAAUUGUUCUUCGUUGGAUACGCGCAGUCUAUGUGCGAGAACAUCAGGGACGACCGCGUCAUCAACGCCAACGCCACAAGCACGUCAGCGCCAAACAGACUAAGGGUGCUCUUGACUGUCCAGCAGCUGCCAGAGUUCUCUACUGCCUUUGGGUGCGCGUACGAUUCGCAGGUGCAGACUGCGAAGAAGUGUAAUGUAUGGUGAACAGUGGGUAAAUUCCUGGUUGGUAAAUAGGAAAACAAAUUGUUUCGAAAAGAGCAUGCUCCGUAGAAACGCUCAAUUUCCGUAACUGCUUGCUCAUGUCAUGUAUAUGUCUUCCAAAAAUUGUGCGUGUUUGUGAUAUCAGCUAGGAGGUACCUUGAGUGCUCACGUGUACAAAACAUUUGAGGCAAAUGGAGGCAGGACGUCAAAGUAGAAGUAUUGUUGCAUAAUGGAAACGUUCAAGGUCCAGGGGAGUGUAAUUAGAGAGAAAGAAAAAAAAAGGGGGAAAUAUGUGUGCAGUAUCCUUUUCACAAAAAUGCGCACAGAGAAGGCACAUUCUAGUUUUAGACUCGUUUGGCUGUGGUGCUUCAAAGAAGCUUGCUUUGUACAGAAAUUUCAUUUGUGUAGUAUUUUGACGAAGUGCACAUCACAAAUUUCAUGACAUCAUCUCGCUUUCUAGAUGGCAGCUUUUUUGUAGCGUGCAACAAACACAUGCUGAAAUGAAGAUACUUUAUACACAAAGUAAAAUCAGCCAAGUUCGCCAUGUCAAAAAUCAACUGUCAGAGUGAGAGAGCGUUCAACGAAAGUUCAUCCCGGUAGCACUUGCGUUCCAGCACCAAGAACAGUACAGAAUAGGAUAUUUAUUGUAAGUGCCCAUUAACAGGCUACACCACUAACAGGGUACAUACCACAGAGAAAUAAUGGUAGACUAGAUAUUUUCUGUUCAAGAAAAUAUCACUUAACAGACAGACUCAAAGCUAGUUAACAAAUGGAUGGGCUGGUACAUACUUUGUGCUGGAGUGGCAAUGAUUGUCGAGUACAAUAACUUUUUAACUUUUAAAAUACUUUUUAAACUUUUUGGCAUUAUAAACUUUCAAGACUCAAAACUGCCCUGCCUGAUCUGCAUGACAUCAUUGCCAUCAGGGUGUUGAAGAACUUGAAGAAGCUGAAGAAUAGUUAUUUGGCUGUGGAAUUAGAGCAUUCAAUAGGCCCUCGUAAUUUUGAUAAUGAGAUGAUAGUAACCUUAAGGAUUUUCUCAAACUUCACAGCAAGUUUUCGGAUAAAGUGAACGGCACAUCUAACACAGCCCCUUGGGUACAUUCCAUCACAUACAAAGAGUGAUAUUUAAUGUUACUGUCGUGAUGUUUAGUCGUCUGGACAUUUAUUUUGCACCUUUCAUGCUAAUCAGAGAACAGUAUCUUCAUAUCCGGACAACUGUGUGCCUUCCUCAAUAUCAUCUGCAGUGGCCAACAGGUUAUGGCCAGUUACUGCACCGCUGCUGCUUACUGCUCAAUAGUGAUUGCUCUGUAUAUGUAUAUAAUGACAUGCGAAUGGGGUGUACAUAGAAUGGUUCGAUUUUUUUUAACCAUAUAUUUUCAUAUUUGUGGUUACUGUGACUGCAUAUGAAAAUGUCGUAUUUUUCGUAUUAUUUUACGGGACAAGCUGCUGGCUUAGUAUUUUGUACUCCCUUCCGUACCCACUUGACGUGUUGUACAAAUCAUAAAAAUUAUUGCCAUGGCAUACUUUGUACAUUUACGAAUGCUGGGACAAAUUAAAGUGAUUUUGUUGUGGA